UCGAAGAAGACCGGUGUGAUGUCACGCGUUUGAGCAUGCCUACUUCGCUCGAACAUAAACAAAGGACGAGUUACCGCAAUAAACUCUACUCUCUAGUUAUUUUAUAUGCUAACGGAAGCAAAAAAAUUGGACAGGGACCUAUUUCCUGAGCAAUGGAAAGCGCUGUAUCAAUGCGAGUGAGUGUGUUUACGGACCAGGGAGGCAGGAAAUACAUGGAAGAUGUGACCGAGGUCAUAAUAGAGCCCGAGCCGGGAGAAGAUGAUCCAGCGUCGGGUGAACCAGAAAAGAGCAGCGGGGGGCAAUGCACGGCCAGUCCUCUCGCUGUGAACAUUCAACCAAAUCGGCGUGAUGAAAUAAUCAGAGGAAGUCCACCUGGAUCCGAUGAAUCAUUUGAACCCACAGCCGACAACCAUGCUGACCCAGUGGGAGCCUCUUCACCUGGAGGUCCACAGCGCAAGCGGAGUGGUUCCCGCCGUUCUGUAGCGUUCUUCGCCGUGUUUGACGGUCACGGAGGUCGCGAGGCGGCGCAAUUUGCGCGAGACUUUUUGUGGGAGUUCAUGAAGAAACAGCGAGGGUUCUGGUCAGACUGUGACCGAGAGGUCUGCGCCGCUAUACGCAAAGGAUUUGUAGCCUGCCAUCAUGCUAUGUGGAAAAAACUACCUGAGUGGCCAAAGACUCUUACUGGCCUUCCCAGCACAUCAGGCACUACGGCCAGUGUUGUAGUCAUCAGGGGAAAUCGUAUGUACGUGGCUCAUGUUGGCGAUUCAGCAGUUGUUCUAGGUGUCCAGGAUGACCCUUCAGUCCCAUUCAUCAGAGCUGUGGAAGUCACGCAAGACCACAAACCUGAACUACCUAGAGAGAGGGAACGUAUUGAAGGUCUGGGAGGGAGUGUGAUUAAGAAAUCUGGAGUCAACCGAGUUGUCUGGAAGAGACCCAGGCUCAGUCACAAUGGCCCGAUUCGUCGAAGCACAGUGAUUGACCAGAUACCAUUCUUGGCAGUAGCCCGAGCUCUAGGUGAUCUGUGGAGCUAUGACUUCUACAGUGGGGAGUUUGUAGUUUCUCCUGAGCCAGACACCAGUGUGGUGACCCUCGACCCCAGGAAGCACCGCUACAUCAUCCUGGGCAGCGACGGUCUGUGGAACAUGGUGCCAGCUCAAGAGGCCAUCUCCAUGUGCCAGAACAACGACGAGGCAAUGGCACUGUAUGGGGUAUCGAGUGCCCGGCACCUGGUCAGCCAUGCUCUGAUGCGGUGGCGCCAGCGUAUGUUGCGCGCUGACAACACCAGUGCCAUUGUAAUCGCCCUGCAGGAGCCUGGGACCUCCCAGGACACGGUUCACCAUGAAGAGGUGCUGCUUGACUUAGCCAAGGUGUCCCAGUGUGCUCCUUCCUCCAUAUCCCGCGCUAACACUCCUCUCAUUCAGCGCCCUCCGCAGGAAGACUCUCCUUCUCCGAUGUGUGAGCUCCUCCCUUCUCUUGAGCGGCGGGAUGGACUAUCAGGAAGCAACAACUUGUACCAUAUGAAUCUCACUGACCUGUUUACUUUGAAUUCAUUGCGUCAGAACAGCACUGUUGAGCUGCCCAGUCAGUCCAGUUCCACUGGCAGGUCAGCUGGCAGCAGGUCAGCCAGCAGCAAAAGAACAAUAGAUGGGUCAUCAUUGUCGCCACAGUCGGGCCAUCUGGCGAAGAAGUCACGACGUAGGACUGCAGGCAGGCCACCGCUGGUCCAGCACAAUGUAGAGAAGAAACAGGACCGAGUGUCCCCCAUCCUCCAGCAGCACAACAAAACCACAGUGUGUGUGUACUGAAACACACACAAGGAGAACAAACCUUUAUACAAAGGCCGCGAAAAGACUUGACUUGCUGCUCUGCAACAUUUAAAACGUUUUAAACUAGUGCUCCUUUUUGUAUAAAACCUUUGUUAGGUAAUUUUCUCCAAAUGCUAAAUAUGUCUUACUUUACCUCUUCUGUAAACAGUAAAACAAGCGUGGCUAAUGAUGCUGGUGUAAAUAGUAUACAUUUUAUAGUAUAUAGUAAUAUUGAGUAGUAUGUAAGUCACAGUGUUGAAACAAAUCUAUAAAUAUAUUUUUAUACAUACAUACUAACCCUAACCCUUUUAUUGAAUGAUGACAUGAUCCCUUUUCUACAUGAGCCCCAGCAGAGCUGUCAUCUUGGAUUCCUCAAUGUCAUGUAAUGUAUUUAUGCAUUUUUAUUGUAAUCAUCUUAUUUUAUCACUGGAGAUUAGGCUUUAGUAUGAAGUGCUGCUACAGUCAGUAAGCUACUUACAGUUUGUGUAUUGAUGGAAAAAUAUAUGUAAUAAGUGUUGGUUUGCAGUGAGAGGCCACUCUUUAUAGUGUGUGUUCUUUCUAAUGAUGAAAUGUUUCUAAUGUUUUAAUUGCGCAGUGCAUCACUCCCUCCUUCAUUUUGUAUUGCUGUGGUGUGCGCACAGAUUCAUACACUAGACAGGGAUUUGCCUUUUAACAGCACUCUGCUGUGCUGAAGAUUUUGGAGAAGCGUGUGGUUCUGCCUCACCUGUGAUGGAUUUCUCCCUCUGAGUUUGCUGAACCUCUAGACUUCCUAAAGAGAGACUUGGGUUCUAAGGGGCUGGCACAAAACCCAAUGUUUACAAUAAGUUGUUUUUGAUUGAUUCUGGCUUCCAGUGUGGCUGUUCUGGGGCAUCUGUGAUGCUCAAUUAGGAGGUUUCUUUAGCCUUUACCAUGUACAAGCCAUUGCAUUUGCAGAUGUGUUGUUACUGAUGUAUAGACAAUGGUUAUUUGUGAGUACCUACACUGUGCAUGAACUUUCUAAGAGACUAUUUUUGCACUAUUAUGGUAAACAUAUUGUCUUUAUGAAAGGAUUUUUUAAUUUGAACAUAAUGCAGAAAUGACUGGUUGACAAAAAAAAUAACGUCAUUUUUGAGGAUAGGUUUAUUUAAACAUAAUCAAAAGGGAAUCUUCAUCAAGCUUGUGGAUUUUUGCAAGAAAUGACUGUCCUCUUUUCUCAGUUUGUUGAGACUAUGACUCAAAUAAUAAACUGCAGAAGAAUAAUGAGCAUUAUACAGAGAACUAUGGUGUUUCUGUUCAGUGCAAUGUCUAAGAGGAAUUUGUAGCAUGAUGGUUUGAGUCGCAGUGCUUUAAGAAUAAUGCAGUUCAGCAUCAAGUCACAACAAAGGUCAUCUCAGUGCACUUGGGAAAUGUGAAGCACAACAUUUAUCUCUUGUCAACAAUGGAGAGAAAAACUCCAUGUAAUGGAAAUCUUUUUUAGCAAACCAGGCUCAGGGUGGGCAGCCAUGUGCCUCGACCAGUUGGGAUGGAAAAAAAGGACAAAAGACCAGCAAAGAGAACUCAGUAUGCUGGUUGUACCAGCAAACACAUAGCUUUGAUCAGACCAGAGCUGUAGACAAACUGCCGCGCUAUGGCGGAACAGUGGUGUAACGGGAUCUUUAUUCUAGGUUUUCUCUGCACUUCAUUUUAAUUGGGAUGCUUGUAUGAUUUUAAUACUAGUAGUAAUACCUCAAGUUAAAUAAAUAAAUCUUUAAAUUGUUUGAUGACGUUGCUAUGAGCAAACGGUGCAUGUGUACUGCCUAAAUGUCAUGACCUCUACCUUAAAAAGGAAUUAAUUAAAUUAAAAAUAAAUCAAAUAAAACUAGGUUUUGAAUGAAA